AUGCCUCAGCCGCAAGACAUCGCUGUUCAAGCUGCUGUUGCUUUAUAUGAUAACACUGCUGAAUCUGCAGAUGAACUGUCGUUUAAGAGUGGAGACAUCUUAAAUAUUGUUCAACAAGACUCUCAAGGCUUGGAAGGGUGGUGGAUAUGUUCUCUUAGAGGAAAACAGGGUAUUUGUCCCAGCAAUCGCUUAAGAUUAUUAACUGAAGCAGAAUUGACACUUCUUAGAGAAAGAAGAAGAAGAAGUUGGAACACUCAAUCUAAUAAGGUGGUUACUCCUCAAAAAUUUGCCGAAGGUUAUACGUAUGAUAUACCUCAAAUUCCUAUUGGCACAGAUGGACCUCACAUGCAGUAUGAUGUUCCACUAAAUUCUCAGCAUUUACCUGCUGAAGAGAGUUAUGAUGUACCAAAACCAGUUGGAGGAGGUAGUCUUACACCUAGCUCAUCUAUUAGCUCCCUUACCACUGAUUCCAAUAGAUCAUCGCUUAUACAACAGGAUUAUGACAUUCCAAGGCCUACUAGACUGCAACCAACACAGGAGGAGGAAACAUGCUCUGCUUAUGAUGUUCCAAGAUCUGGGGCAGAAGUGCCUAUGGAUCUUGAUUCAGCAUUAGAUUGGUUGGGACGACUGGAAUCACAAAUUACUACAGCCACAUCUAGAUUACUUGGGUGUGCUGGUCCUCAUUGGCGUUCUCCGCAAAGACUAGAGCCUAGAUUAGCUGAAAUUAGGGGUGCGGUUAUGUCUCUUGGUACUUCACUUCAUCAGCUUACUGUAUUCAUUCAUCCAAUUUUAUUAUCACAGCAAGAUAAAGUUCUUGGAAAUAAACUAAGUUUACUAUUUGACAAUUUGGCCAAAGCAGAUGUCAUUGUAAGAGAAGCCUCUAAUACAGUAGAUGCUCAUGGUUGGUCUGUACUUACUCUUGGAGUUGAAGAUGAAGAAACGCACCAAUCAGAUGCUCUAGAUGACUUGGUUUCAACUGCAGCUUUACUUACUGAUGAUAUUCGUCAGAUAGCUUCUUUUAUUCAGGGAAAUUCAACAUUGUUGUUCAAGAAAAGUACACCAGUUAGCUGUAAUGUUGGAGAAGAUUUGUCUUACAUGAAUUUAGAAAAGAGGGAAAUAGAAAAUGAGGAAAAAUUGAAAUCUAUACUUCCUCCACCUCUUGAUUUACAUGAUAGGAAGAUUUUGGAUUUCUACAAUGGCCAGUACUGGGUGACUUCUGGAAACUUGUCAUCAGCUAUUGAUACAUUGCUUAACACGGUUACACAAAAUCAACCUCCUAAAGCAUUCCUGUCACAUGCAAAAGCUGUAAUUUCUUGGGCACAUAAGCUCAUCAGCAUUGGAGAUGCUGUCGAGAGAAAUCUUAUUGAAGGUCCCUUGAAAAAGGAAGUUGGGACUUCGAUUAAUCUAAUAGCGGAUGCUACUUCUAAUGUAGUCCACAAGACAAAAUCAGCUGCAUCGCAUUUCCCCAGUGUUUCUGCUGUCCAAUAUAUGGUUGAUUCAGUUGUUGAUCUUUCACAUAAAAGUAAAACCCUUAAACAAGUUCUUGCUCAUUAA